AUGACUCCCAAGGGUCAGGCUCCCAGCAGGGGGGUUCAGCCGCUGCGUGCCAAGCCGGCUGAGAAGCCGAGGGCAGCCCCGAGCACCGCCUGGCCAGGGCGAAUUGGAGCGGGCAGCGGGCCAGCCAGAGCUGGCACUCGUCCCGGCAGCCCGACCUGCCCCUUCACUGUGACUCUGCAAAACGGCGGGGCGGGGGCAGUGACGAUGGUGAUGGCCGGGCUGAGAGGAAGCAGAGGCGCCCGGCUGGGUGCUGUGCUGCUCGGGGCGGAGCAGCGGGCUCGGCUGGGUGAGCAGGAAGAAGGUCGAGGCCGGUCACCGGCAGCAACCAUGGCCGAGGCCCCGGACCGGAGUAUCCACACGCAGCACAUCUCGGCCGUGCACAACGUGCCCAUGAGGGUCCUCAUUCGGCCCAUCCCCGCGGAGCUGGAGCCGGGCAAGGUGCAGAGCCUAAUGGAGACCCUGCAGGAGGAUCCCGAGCGGGUUCCCCCUAUCGACGUGCUCUGGAUCAAGGGCAGCCAGGGCGGGGAUUACUUCUACUCCUUCGGGGGCUGCCACCGCUUCGCCGCCCACAAGGCGCUCAACCGGGAAACCAUCCCCGCCAAGAUCAUCCCCUCCACCCUCAGCGACCUCCGCACCUACCUGGGCUCCUCCACGCCCCACCUGCUCUAGCUCGGGCCCCCGCAGCCUCCCGUCCCGGUGGGUCCCUGUGGGCUGAGCUGGGCCUGAUCCACGGGCCCCGUAAGCGUCUGGUGGGGAUGGGGUCAGGGACCCCGGCCCUGGAGGGGUCCCUGCGGGGCUGGAGUCUCCCCAAGCCCCUCCAGCCGGGUCGGAGUCGGGGUCUCACUGGCACCGGGAGGCUCCGUUGACGGGGCGGCAGGUGGCGCUAUUGUGCCGCGAGGGAUCGGGGUGGGAUGGGAUGGACUGCAACGGGGACAGGAUAAACCGAGACGGGAUGAAGCGAGAUGAACCGGGACAGGACAGACCAGACCAGAUGAAGACGCACAGGGCUCAACCAAGACUGGUUGGACCGGGGUGCGAUGAGCCAAGAUCGGAUGAACUGGGACAGGCUAAACCGGGAUGAAAUGAACCAGGGCAGGAUGAACCGGGACAGAAUGAACUGGGGUGGGAAUGGCUGAACCAGGGCACGGCUCAACCAGAAAUGGCUGAACAGGGACAGGCUGAACCAGGGCACGCUAGAACUGGGCCAGGUCACAGCCCACCCAGAGUCCAGCUGAACCGGAAAGUGAUAAAGGCAAACCGGGACAAAGCUGAAUCAAAACACAGCCAAACUGGGCACAGCCAGUCCUCCCUCAGCCACUCUGGACUUACCCCGUGCCUGGACCAGGAGGACUCUGGGCUGUGCCUGACCUGAAACUGGCUGCCCCCAUCCCUGGACACAUCCCACAGUCCCCCUCUCCAUCUCCAAAAUGGGGUGACAUAGGACACCCACUGCUGCACCCAGAAUAAAGGUGAUGAAAUCCCCCUG